CGAACCCAUUAUAUUCUCUCUAUCUAUUUCGCUUGAUCUUCUUUUUCCUGUCUUCUUAUAAGAAAACAACGACAGUAAGUAUCAUCGACCAAGAACUAUAUCACUCUUGAUUAACGCAUAUGUAGCCAUGGGGAUCCCAACACCCAAGCCCGAGAAAAAAUCAACCGCGCCUACCCCCAAGGUAUGACAUCAAGUUACUUCCUUUCUCCAUUUUCAACACAGAAAUUCGUUGAUUCUCUUUCAUGAUAACUGACAUGAUCUUAAUCAUAUAGAGCCAGCCAGCCGCUGCCGUCGUCACCACCACUACCACCACCCAGUGCUCCUGGCCCGAAACCUGGGAAGAGGUAACAUGAGCCAAUACGUAUCUACCGCCACUAUAGGUACUAACAAAGUCUUUCUAGAUGUUGAAUGACCUAGCCGUCCAGGGCGUGCGCCUCCCUCCGGGGGACGAGCAGCAGCAGCUCCCGAUGUCUGCGCAAGACCAGCGGCGUCGGGAGCUGCUUGCUGAGCUCGAGAGAUCCUGGAGGGAAGGCCGCGCCGCACAGGCAGAGAGUAGAAGAGCAGAGAGGGCCUUAGAAAGGGCAGAGCAAAAUCUGCGGGAGACAGAGGCACGGCUGGAGGUCAAAGAGGAGGAGUUGGAGGCAGAGGAGGAGCAGGCGGAGGAGCCGCAAUUGUUUCCCCGUUUCUCUAAUUUCUGAAAUUUACCGGGAAAGAAGAACUCAAGCU